CAGGUAGGUGGGCGGGGGCGCGCACAGCAUCCUCGAGAAUAUAUAAUCUUAUCGCUAUUUUUGCGCCGAAUGUGAAACGCGGGGGUCCCGAAGAGCACCGGAGACCGACGCCGGCAGAGACAAAAUGGCAGUGGAAAAGCGCCUGGCAUACUCCAUCGUUCAGUUCCUCAGAGAUCAGACUCACUGUGGCUCGCUGAAUUCAGAUGAACAGGAAAGUCUGGAAGUUGCGGUGCAGUGCUUGGAGACGACUUUCAAGAUCAGCUCCAGCGACUACCACCUCGCCGCCCCUCAGCCGCUGAGAGAGAUAUUCCUCAACUCCCUCCUCAAAAACGACAUUGUUUCAUUACCUGAGACGUUUCCGUCUCCGGAGGACAUCGAGAGAGCCGAGCAGCUGAAGAACGAGGGGAAUAACCACAUGAAAGAGGAGAAUUAUAGCAGCGCCGUGGACUGUUACACGAAAGCCAUCGAGCUGGACCAAAGAAAUGCGGUGUAUUACUGUAACAGGGCCGCGGCACACAGCAAGCUGGGGAACUACACCGAGGCUACGGGAGACUGCGAGCGAGCCAUCGCCAUCGACCCGUCCUACAGUAAAGCUUACGGCAGGAUGGGAUUGGCCCUGACGUCUAUGAGCAAGUACCCCGAGGCGAUCUCUUACUUUAAUAAAGCUCUGGUGUUAGAUCCUGAAAACGACACCUACAAAUCCAACCUAAAGAUCGCAGAGCAGAAACAAAAAGAAGCAUCCAGCCCCACGGCCACAGGACUGGGCUUUGACAUGGCCAGCCUCAUCAAUAACCCCGCUUUCAUUAGCAUGGCCGCCAGUGUGAUGCAAAACCAGCAGGUGCAGCAACUCAUGUCGGGCAUGAUGUCUAACGCGGUGGGGGGACCUGCGGCCGGCGUCGGAGGACUAUCUGACAUAUCCAGUCUCAUUGAAGCCGGACAGCAGUUCGCCCAGCAGAUCCAGCAGCAGAAUCCAGAACUGAUCGAGCAGCUGAGGAACCACAUCCGGAGUCGCUCUUUCAGCGGCAGCGCUGAGGAACACUCCUGAUCCCGGCAGGAUCAGGAACCGAAGGAGGGCAGGUGGAGAGAAGUCGUGAGUGCAAUCGUUUUAAUCAUUCUUCUAUCGUAGUCGAAACCCGAAGACGGAGGGCAUGGCACUUUAUACGGAAGCAUCAGACGAGAAGAG